GCCGUCAUAAAUCUCAGCUGUUCGUGGACGUUUUGUACAUUCCAUUUGUUUGUGCUACAAAAUUUGUGAAAUAUAUCUGAAAAUUAAAGUUGUGCUAAGUAUUUAAAUUACAAAACAUAAAAAAAUGACUCAAGAUAUACUAAUGAGUAACGACGAGCCAAUGGCCACCAAUGAUGCUUCACGCAACCAGCUGAAUCAGCAUUGUACAGCUGCAAAGUCUGCGCAAGGUGCAAAGCUACUGGAUGUGGUGCGCCAAGUAUUGGAAGCGCCGUCCAUUUAUGUAUUUGGCGAACUGCUCGCAUUACCCAACGUGCAGGAGCUCAAAGAUGGACCGCAUAUUAAAUACUAUAACACAUUGAAUCUUUUUGCUUACGGUACUUAUAAACAAUACCGCCAACAACCUAGUGAAUAUUUGGAAUUGACCGCUACAAUGCAAAAAAAGCUGCAACAUUUGACCAUCGUUUCUCUAGCUAUUAAAAACAAAUGCAUCCCGUAUGAGGUACUGUUGGAGGAGUUGGAAAUCAAUAAUGUACGUCACUUGGAAGAUGUUAUCAUUGAAGCCAUUUAUGCCGAUAUUAUACAUGGCAAACUUUUCCAAAACAAUCGUUUUCUGGAAAUUGAUUAUGCGCAAGGACGUGACAUUCCCCCUGGCUAUACCAGCAAAAUCGCUCAAACUCUGCAACAGUGGGUGGAUUCGUGUAACACCAUUUCCAAUUGCAUUGAUGUGCAAAUAACUCGUGCCAACUUUGAGAAGGCUAAGAGCUUGAAAAACAAGGAGCAUAUUGAACAAGAGAUAAUUAAUUUGAAGAAAGUUUUGAAGACCCAAAUCACCGAAAACGAUGAUUCCAUGCAAGUCGAUACCCGCGAGUCAUCCAGCAUGGAUGUCCGCAGGAAGCCGUUCAAGACGAAAAGUUCACGUCUCCAUCAUGCCCCAGUGGGUAAGUUGACAGGCGUGGCCUCGUCCUCCGCGGACGUUGCCAGCAAUGUGGCCAGUGGAAGUGGUGGUUCUUUAGGCGUAGGAGCCAUCGGUGGCGUCACAAGUGUUACUAUGGCAGCGGCAAACACCACCACAUCGUGGCUAAAAUCAUUCACGCAGUCUUUUGAGAAGGAAUAGGUGGUGGCUAGCAGCAAAUGAGGAGGGAAGCAGAGGCUACUUGCCUAUGCCGUCAAAAUCAAGUUCGUAACAACUAAACAUAUUUUCGUAUACACGUGAAGCGUCGUCGUCCUUAAUUCAUUUAUAUGAAACAACAGCUACGUUUAAUGGCUUGCCAAGUGUGCUUUCGAGAUGACUAGACAACUUGAAGUGCACAUGGACAUAGAAAACAACCGCGGCGACGACUGCAACGCUGGCAGGACAGCAGCACGUCACACAAUUUCAUUUAAUUAAGCAGCUUCAUUUUCAUUAUUUUGACUGUAGAUACUUUUUAAUUGUUUUCGUAGGCGUGCGCUGAUUACUACCAUUUUCAGUUUUAUCUUCAUUUCCCUAUUUUGCUCUUGGUUGGCUUCCUACACUUCAUGUUUUCAUUACGUAAGGUUCAUGAUAUUUAAUUGCAGUACGUUUUUUUUAGUUUUGAAAUUAAUAGCUGCUAUUCGGUAUCGUCAAGCGCUAAUUUACAUAAAUCAUUGUUAUCUAUGCGUGGCGGUUAAUUGAAAAAAAAA